AUACCCCUGACCUCUUCAUAACAGUAUUCGACACCUAAAGAUUCACUUUGCGGAACCUCAAUCACCACUUUGCUAUAUAAUAAAGGAAUUCCAACUCACAUUUAACUCUCCCGACAACACAUCCCAUCCCCCCCCCCAAGGGUCCAGUCCCUCCCAACCACCACCUUCAAAAAUGUUCACCAUCAUCGCCCUCUCCCUUCUUCCCCUGCUGAUCUCUGCACUGUGGUGCCUCCCCUCCUCCCCUUCUCUCGCUUCUACAAACUAACAAUGGCCAGGCUCUACGCAAUCUCAAGCCCAAACUCCCCACCACCUUCCCUCCAAAACACCACAAUACACCUCCUCAUAGCACACCCGGAUGAUGAAGCAAUGUUCUUCGCACCAACACUGCUAGCCCUAACCUCCCCCUCUCUAAACAACACCCUCAGCGUCCUCUGUCUCUCGACUGGCAACGCUGAGAACCUCGGCCCAAUUCGAGAAAAAGAAUUAAUAGCCAGCUGCGAGAUCUUAGGCGUGAAUGGAACGCGGGUUCACUCAUUUGAUCAUCCGUACUUACUCCUCCCCGCCUCCGCGCAAGUCUAGGCUAACGGCGGGGCGAGAGCAGUGAACUACAAGACUGCAUGACAAAAACCUGGCCCGCCGCCAAGAUCUCGGAGAUCCUCUCGCGGCACAGCCCCUACGUAAUCAUAACUUUUGACGAGUCCGGUGUUUCCUCACAUCCGAAUCACAUCUCGCUGCUGCGCGGAGCCGAGGAGUACGUUUCUACCAGGGGGCCCGGGACAAGGUUGUUCACGUUGACCAGCGUGCCGAUUUGGAGGAAGUAUGCUUUUUUUCUGGAUGCGAUCGCGGUGAGGUGGUUGGUGGGAGAAGAGGGGAAGGGGAUGCGGAGAGUGGUGUUUGUUAGUUCUUGGGCGGGAUAUGUUAAGGCGAGGAGUGCCAUGGUGCAAGCGCACGUUAGCCAGAUGAGGUGGUUCAGGUGGGGGUGGAUUGGACUUAGUCGGUAUAUGGUCGUUAAUGAUUUGGUGGAGAGGUGAUGGGGUAAUUAUAUACCCCUGCCGCGUUCCCGCGAGCGUUAUAUGAUAUCGUGCGAAAAUUCCGGCAUUUAGGUAAUAACCUACACUCCAAACUUAGGGCUAGGGGUUCUUGACCCUACAAGUAGGAGCAGCGGAGGAUAGCCCUACUUGAGAACUACUGGUAAGGGGGCGUUUGGCAAACCAUGAUUGACGUUUGGAACCUCAACCCAAAACCAUGAUUUCGGGAUAAGAACACGCUUUGGCGGGUUCAACCUGGGUGGCUACGGUUGUUAAUCAGGAUCUCGCAUUUAAUAAUCUCAAUCAGACCCGCUGGGACAUGAUCUCAAGACCCGAAACCACGAUUUCAAAUCACAAUCAUGGUUCUGCCAACACUUUCCCACAAGAGAGCCUUGCUAUAUCGAUAGACACUAAAUCCCCCUGAAGGAGUGCCAUAUAAGGAAAAAGGUUGAAAUUGCCUGGCACUCCUAACAGUAGUUACGAGUACUCGAGGGAUCCAGGUCUCACGUCCACGCCAAUUAGCUCGCGCCAUCUCCAGCCAGCGGGAAGGGAAAGAAAGAAAACGCCACAACC